AUGAUUUUACUUAUUCUUGUGGGAUUUACAUUGAGUUUGAUUAUAUUUGUAAGUUUAUUCUAUAAUCCUACUCAAUUUAAUACAGAUGAUUUUCAAGAUGAUAUUAUUCCUCAACAUUAUAACCUUGAAUUUAUUGAUCAUGUAGAUUAUUUGAUUUGUCAUAUGAAAAUUUUUUUUCAACUUACACAAAAUCGUUAUCAAUUUUCAAUUAUUAAAUCAAUUGAUCAUACGAUUGAAAUAUCUUCAAUUAUUCUUCAUCAUAAAGAAAUUUCAAUACCCAUUGAUAUUCAAAUUAAAACUAAUCAAAUUAUAAUAGAAAAAAAACGUCAAUGGAAAAAAGUUUUUUAUUCAGGAAAUUAUACAAUAUCAAUUAGUACUCGUAUAAUUAUAUUAAAUACAAUAAAAUCAAAUUUUAUUCGUCAAAUAUGGUCAUCAAAAUAUCGUAUUUUAUUUACUAAAAAUCAUUUAUUUCCUUAUUUUAUUCAUUCAUAUUAUAGAUCAACAUUUAAUAUAAAUAUAAUUAGUUCUGAUUAUAUUAUUUCUAAUUUACCUCUGAAUCAAAUAAGUUCAUUAUAUGAAACUUCACAAGUUGCUUUUGCUUUAUUACAUCAAUAUGAAUGUCGUUCUAUUGAUAUAGUUCAAUUAUGUUUUCCAAUUAAUUCAUCAUAUGAUAUUGAUUUAUUUUCUCAUAUAUUUAAUUAUACAUUGAAUACAAUACAAAUAUUUGAAUCUUAUUUUUCUCGAAGAUUUCCAUUAAAUAAACUAACAUUAAUUACUAUUUUAGAAUUAAAUAAUCAAAUUAUUUCUAAACCGGGUUUGGUAUUUAUUGAUCAAAAUGUUUUAUUAAUUAAUACAUCAGUUGAACAAAUUAUUCAACAACGUGAAUUAAUUUUUUUAAUAGUAGCUUAUCAAUGGAUUGAUUUAUUAAUUCAAUUUGAUAAAGAUACAAAAUGGUUUGGUCAAAGUUUAGCAAGAAGUAUUGUCAGUCAUUUAUUUCAUAAAACUUAUGAUACAAUUGGAAAUAAUAAUUCACAAAUUGAACGAUUUAUGUCCACUGUUGUACUUGAUUCAUUGUGUAAUGAUAAAUUAAUUGAAGAAUCAAAUGAUGUCAAAUCCGAAAAUAUUCUAAUCGAAAAAGGUGAAGCAUUUUUAACUGAAUAUCGAUUAUAUAUUGGUGAUAUUCAAUUUUAUUCACGAAUACAACAAUUAAUUCAACAUUCAAAUGAUUCUUUUCUCAAUCAAUCAAUUUUAUCAUCAGUUUUCUUUACAAAUUCAUCGUCAUUUUUAGUUUGUUCAAAACGUUCUGGUCAUCCAAUAGUUUUCUAUAAUUCAUCAACAAUUGAUAUGUAUCUAUUUAAAUUUAAUCCCAAUUGUUCUUUAACAAUUUCAUCAAUUCAUCCAAUGGUUUAUCAUCUUCUUAAUGAUUCUUCUUCUUCAUUAAUAAACUCUUUUGAUAUAUUUUCAAAUUCUUCAUCAAUUUUAAUUUCAUUAAAUCCAUUUAUACAUAUUUUUUAUCCAUCAUGGAAUCAUGUCAUAGAUGAAAUAAAAAUCUUUCGUCAUCAACAACUAAAUACAUUUUCUAAACUUCUAUUCGAUAGUUUUUUAUUUAAUCUUGCCAAUAAAAUAUCUAUUAAAUAUUCAUUACAAUUAAUAAAUUUAUUUUUUCAACAAUCAUUAACAAAGAGUGAUUUAUUGAUUAUAAGUAAAAUUGUUAAAUGGUAUCGAUCAAUGUUAUCAAAAUUACUUGAAGAAAAAUUUCUUAUUUUUCUUCGAAAAAUACUUAAUCCAUUUUGUUUAAAUCAAUUAUGGACACGACAAAUAUUAAUUGAUAUAAAAUAUUCGAAUCAACAAAUUAUAAAUGAUAUUCUUUUAGAAUUAUGUUGUUCAAUUAAUCAUUCAAUCUGUUUACAACAAAUAUCAAAUAGAAAUGAUCCACAAAUACUUAUACAAUUUAUUGUUAAUAAUCAACGAUUCGGUUUAGAUUUACCUUCAACAAAUUCAAUAAUUUACCAAAAUCAAACUGAUAUGUUAACAAGUUUUAACCAACUACAAAUGCCAUCAUUAUUUAUAUAUCCAGAUCGAAUAAUUAUGAAUAUUAUUUGCCAAGUAGUUCGACAACAAAAUGAUAAAUAUUGGUAUGAUCUAAUUCAUUUCAUUCAACAAAAAUUUCAAUAUCAACUUAUUCCAUCAGCUAUUAUAACUGGUUUAUCUUGUGCUAUUCAAACAAUGGAACAGAUUGAAUUUUAUUUAAAUAAUUUAUGUCCGCCAUCGCCAUUUAAAUGGCCAUGUUAUCGAAAUAUCCUUGCAUAUUCAUCAAUCAAAAACUUCGAACAACUAAAAACAAUUGACAAUGAACAAUGGCCAACAAAUAAUGAUGAACUUAUCGAUUUUUUAUUUCAUACAAGUUCUAUACAAGGAAAUUUUAGUUCUCAUCCGAUGAUUCUUGAAUUUCAAUCAUUAAUUUUCACAUGGUUAACUACUAAUCAAUAUGAAAUUUUACAUUGGCUUGACAAUGAAAAUAAUCAAAAUGCAUAUUUGAUUUGA